AGGGAGUGCAGGGUCCUAAGGGCAUUGUGUGAACAAGUCAGGAGGACAAGAGACAGCAUUCUACAGAAGGGAAGAAGACAGAACCCAGCAAUGUCUGACUUCAAGAUCCAGUCUGUUCUCAUCACCGGCUCCAGCAGAGGGCUAGGACUGGAAUUUGUGCAACAAUUCCUAACGAGCCCAAAUCCCCCGCAGAAGAUCUUCGCUGCUUGCCGGAAUCCUGAUGGACCGCAAAGCCAGGUACUCAAGAACUUGUCUGAAAAACACCAAAAUGUCAUCGUUGUUAAAAUGGAUGUCACAGAUCCUUCAAGUGUUAAUGAAUCUGUAAAAGAAGUGGAGAAGCAUCUAAAUGGAAAACCUCUGGACCUGCUGCUCAACAAUGCUGGAAUUCUCAGUCACACCAACCUGGAGUCCCAGACGUCUGAGGACAUGAUGAAUGUCUAUAACAUAAAUGUAGUGGGACCAAUGUUGGUGACCCAGGCGUACCACCGACUGAUGAAAAGAGCAGAAGGCACAGGGAAGUCGGCUAUUGUCCACAUCUCCGCAGUUCUGGGAUCUCUGGCAGAUCUGCCCAGUCUAUUCAGUCAUUAUCAAGUUAUUUCUUACCGCUGUAGCAAGGCAGCUCUAAACAUGCUCUCAAGAUGCCACUCGCUGGCGUACAAACAAGAUGGUAUCAUCUCAAUUGCUAUACACCCAGGAUGGGUGAAGACAGACAUGGGAGGUGAUCAGGCACCGCUCACUAAAGAAGACAGCAUUGGCGCCGUUAUGAAAGUCAUCUAUUCCUUGAGUGAGGAACAAAGUGGCACUUUUGUGGACUGGGAAGGAAAAUCUAUUCCAUGGUGAUCUCGGUAAACAAGUCGAGGACUGCGCCAUACUAGCUAGAAUAGGAUUUUGUACAUUGCGGAUUCUGUUUGAUCGGAUGUCCACAGCUGUGAAGAAAAGAUUUCCGUACAAAUAACUCUUAUGUGGUAUAUCGUCAUUAAAGUCAAAUUAAUUAAGAUUCA